AAGAAAGUCAAGCACUACUCUACUCCUUAAACCCUCAAUUAAGCCCCAAAGAUCAAUCAACCAUGGCUUCCACCCUCCAAUUCACCAUCGCAAGAAAGCUCCUCCACUCCUCUCCGGCGCCGGCUGCCGCGGCGGAGCCGUACAACAGCACGCCGACGGACAGCACGUUCGACGCCAACGUGGUGAUGGUCCUCUCCGUCCUCCUCUGCGCGCUGAUCUGCUCCCUGGGCCUAAACUCCAUCAUCCGCUGCGCGCUCCGGUGCUCCAACCUGGUCGCCGCCGACCAGUCCCCCGGCGCCGCCGGCGCCGCGGCGGCGGCGAGGCUGGCCAACACCGGGAUCAAGAAGAAGGCGCUCAAGACCUUCCCCACGGUCAGCUUCUCCGACCAGCUGAACCUCCCCGGGCUGGACGCCGAGUGCGUCAUCUGCCUGUCGGAGUUCGCCGCCGGCGAGCGGGUCAAGAUCCUGCCCAAGUGCAACCACGGCUUCCACGUCAAGUGCAUCGACAAGUGGCUCGGCUCCCACUCUUCCUGCCCGACUUGCCGACACUGCCUCAUCGAGACCUGCCAGAAAAUCGUCGGCUGCUCGGCGCCAGCACCGGCGGCCGUGGCAGCUCCGGUGACUGUGGUGGUGGCCGAGAUCGAUACCGCGGCUUCCUCUUCUACUCCUCCUCCUCCUACUACUUCCACUUCUACUCCCACUCCUCUUCCGCAGCCAUCAGUAUCGAUUCCAGAAGCGGCGGCAACCGUGGUGCCGGCGGGGGAAGUCGUUAUCAGCAUGCCGCCGAUGGAGGCAGAGGGUUUGGUACGAGGAUACAGAGGAGAUAGCUAAAGCCUAAAAGGCCAAAUUUGUCACUCCGGAUAGGUUUUAGUUCUUUUUUUUUUUUACUUCGUAGUAAAAACAUGUCGAAAUUGUACAUUGUUACGGUUAAUCUUAAUCGAAAUCUCGAGUUGAUUAAAAACGUAUUGAAACU